AUGUCUAAUCUGACCUCCGCUUCUGGAUUUCUGCUUCUGGAAUUUUCUCAGGUCCGAGAACUGCAGGUCUUACAGUUCUUUCUGUUCCUAGCAUUAUACUUAAUAAUCAUAAUGGGGAAUCUUUUGAUCAUUGUUGUGAUAGCUCUUGACCAUCGUCUACAUAUACCAAUGUACUUCUUCCUAAUGAACUUGGCCAUUUCUGAUAUUGGCACAGUUUCUGUCACUCUACCCAAAUCAAUGUUUAACUUACUCAUAAACAGCAGUCACAUUUCCUAUUUUGAAUGUGUCUCUCAAAUUUUCUUCUUUUUAGUGUUUGAAUGCUUAGAUUUUGCUAUUUUAAUAAUAAUGGCACAUGACCGGUAUGUUGCUAUCUGCAAUCCACUGCAAUAUGAACAAAUCAUGAAUGAAGGAGCCUGCGUUCAGAUGACAACCAUUGCAUGGAUUGCCAGUAUUCUCUAUUCUGCGCUACACACUGCUGGCACAUUUUCAAUGAACUUCUGCUCCAAUCGUGUUGAUCAAUUCUUCUGUGAAAUCCCCAAAUUAAUGAAAUUGUCUUGCUCUGACUUAUACUUAGUUGAAGUUGGAAUUCUUGUAUUUAGUUAUAUCAUAGCAUUGGGAUGCUUCAUUUUCAUUAUUAAAACUUACGUGUGGAUUUUCACUACAGUCCUCAAAAUCCCUUCCAAACAGGGACAGCAUAAGGCCCUCUCCACUUGCCUGCCCCACCUCCUUGUUGUCUCUCUGUAUGUGUUCUCUGCAACCUUUGUUUAUGCAACACCACAUAGUAAUAUCUCACCUGACCUGGAUCUAGUCUUUGCUGUGAUAUAUACUAUACUUCCUUCUUUACUAAAUCCCUUCAUCUAUAGCUUGAGAAACAAAGAGAUCCAGACUGCAUUGCAGAAGCUAUUGAAUCUUAAACACUUGUAUGGCACUGUUCCCAAAUUUGUUCUGAAAAGUUGA